UAAUCCAUUUAUAAUGGCAUCUUCUCAUAGUGGUGGUGUAAAACCAAUGAAUAUUGGUUGGCGGGUAGUGAAUGAAAGAGAACGUUUGAUUGGUAUGUUAGAUGAAGAACGUGCAUGGAGAGCUAAGUAUCUUAAAAGCCAGCAGCUUUCACCAGAUGAGCCAUUAAUGUCAAAGGAGUAUUAUAAACAGUACUAUAAUCCAUUUCGAAGAUUCUAUAGAAUACCACUAAAUGCAGUUGAAAGACUAUUAACUCCUGUUAUGGGUGUUCAAGGUGCAUUAGUUAUACGUAUUUGUACAGCAAAAUGUUUGAUGGGAAUAUGUGCAAUUUAUGCUGGAUGGUACUACUACAAAUAUAAUACAGCUACUUGGAUGAGACAAUCCGCUUGGAGAAAGAUACCAACACGCUCCGCAAAAAUUCCAGGAACUGAAGGUUACAAAGGUCUGGAAAAGCCUCCACCUUUUGGUACAUUUGGUUUCGAAAAUUCUCCCAUA